AUGUUGCGCGACUCCGGAACAUUUGGCGGGGAAGGAUUUAAGUGAAGGACACCGGUGGAAAAGAUGGCGGACGUACCCGAUAACGCAUCCGAACACUGCCCAGGUACAACAAGUGAGCAAGCAGGGAAGUCUGCGUCAUGUCAGGGUUGCCCCAACCAGCAGCUGUGUGAGUCUGGAGCCACCAAGGCCCCUGACCCCGCCAUAGCAGAGAUAGGACAGAAGCUGUCAAUAGUUAAACACAAGAUCCUUGUGCUUUCUGGAAAAGGAGGAGUGGGGAAGAGCACCUUCAGCGCCCACCUGGCCCACGCCCUGGCAAGUGACAGCACGAAGGAGGUUGCCCUGCUGGAUACAGAUAUCUGUGGUCCAUCCAUUCCUAGGAUCAUGGGCCUGGAAGGAGAACAGGUUCACCAGAGUGGCUCAGGCUGGUCUCCUGUGUAUGUUGAUGACAACCUGGCAGUCAUGUCUAUUGGCUUCCUGCUCAGCAGCCCCGAUGAUGCUGUGAUCUGGAGAGGACCCAAGAAGAAUGGGAUGAUUAAGCAGUUUUUGAGGGAUGUUGACUGGGGAGAGCUGGAUUACCUCAUCGUGGACACGCCCCCCGGCACCUCGGAUGAACACUUGUCAAUCGUCCAGUAUUUAAGCUCCAGCCACGUUGAUGGAGCUGUUAUCAUCACCACACCACAGGAGAUGUCGUUGCAGGAUGUGCGAAAAGAAAUCAGAUUUUGUCAAAAGGUCAAGCUGCCAAUCAUCGGAGUGGUGGAGAACAUGAGUAGCUUUGUCUGUCCUAAAUGCAAGAAUACGUCACAGAUCUUUCCUCCCACCAGUGGGGGGGCUGAGCAAAUGUGUGCAGAUUUUAAUCUACCUUUGUUAGGAAAAGUGCCUCUAGACCCGAGGAUAGCACAAAGCUGCGACGAGGGCAAGUCUUUCCUGGAUCAAGUACCUGACUCUCCUGCUGCUAAGGUCUACCAGACAAUUGUGCAGAGUAUCCAGGAGUACUGUUCCAACCAUGUGACAGAGGAGCAGAGCACCACCUGAAGGGAUGGUGGUCAUGUGCUCUGACACUGAGUCAGAGCACAUGAUGAGUGGUAUAGAUGAUAAACUACUGAAUAAGAAACUCACUGAGGAAAGCCUGUAACACCAUCAUUGCUUAUUUUUCAAAGCUUGUCAGAAUGAUCUCAGCAUCAGUGAGGCAGCUGCCCACUGAAGACAAGCAUCUUUAAAAACUGGUGACGGAUAUAUUGUUUUCAAGAAAGGCUAAAUUACUUUCUAAAACAGCUGGGCACUGGAGUUUUUACUAAAUGUUACUUAGACAGGAGUAAAUACUAAAUUUUUUGGGGACUAUUUUCAACUGUGGAUUAAUACACAUGGGUGCUCAAGUGAGUAUUUAACGGCAGUCUGUGGGACUGACUGAAAAUAAACUACAAAUACAGAUUAUCACCUGAUCUCUCACCAUGCAAAUUGAAGUGUAAGCACGGGACCGGCUCAGUCUGCACACAAACACUGUCGGGCCCUUUACAAUAUGAAAAAAAUAUUACUUUUCACACUAGAUGUUAUUUGGGGAAGUUAAACCUCUGACCAUAAAUUAAAAUCAAGCAGCAGUGAUGUUUACUUGUUAUCUGCAUGGAUAAUAGCUCAGACCUCAAUGACUUCCGAUGCAGUGAAUCAGUAGUAAGGAGGAAGUUGGAUAAUGGUACCAGUAGCUGGGGAUUUAACACAUGUAGGUGGUGAUCAUUUGAGUCAUUCUUCUAAAUAGAGAACACUGUCUCAUCGGCAUAGUAUGACAUUUUAACUUCUCCUUGAAAUCAUUCCACAUUUCAAUUUAAUAUAAUUCUUUAGAAAGAUGUUAACUUUACUAAGUCCUCUGAAGAUUAGUUUGCAUUAAAUUUAUUUACCACUUAAAUGAGCCUGUUCUUCAUGAUUUACAAGAAAUAUGCCAGCAACUACAUAACCUGUAAAGGUGGAUUCCCCUGUUUUGAAUGACUGGUUUCUCUGAUUUGAUUGAUUUGUUGAAAAAAUAUUAGUAAAAAUAUUUUGGGUAGUGUAUU